GCUCUAAAGGAGAGUGUAGAGGAGAGAAAAUGGCAAUGACAGCUUGUAGGACAGCAAGAACUUUACGAUAGAUGUGUUGAUAGAAAGUAGGAUGGCUUAUAGAGUCAUACUGUCGGAAACGGUUAUGCAGUAAGAGGACAAAAGGGAAGGAAAGGUUAGAGGAAGUGUAAAGAAAGUGCAAUUAAAAGGAGAGCGAUAGAAACAACAGCAGGUUGAUUGGUCACCAUGACAACAGAGGCGAGCUCUGAGACAGAGGUGAAGGAGAACGCGGAGGAGUCUGCUGCCCAGCCAGACCAAUCAGAGAAGGCAACGCAGGAAACCCAGGAAGUAUUGAACACUGAGGAAGAAGAUAAAGAAAAAGGGAAGGUGAAGGAAAAAGAGGGGAAAGACGGCAAAGGAAUUUCUCGAUACCUGCCAACAUGGCUUAAGAAACAGAAGUCUCUAAGCCAGACCUCCCCAACUAAGGAGACUCCACCCACUGAAGAACCCACCAGCAAGGUGACAGAGGAAGAGGAGGUCUCUGCCCCAGAAGUAAACGGUCACGCCGAAGAAGCAGAAGAGAAGGAGGAAGUAAAGUCGGAACCAGUGAAGGAAAAAGAAGUGGAAUCUAAUUCCAACGGCAGUGCAGACACUGAGCCAGCCAAGGAAGAGAAGCUGGAAGAGAGUGUGCAGACAACUCCAGAGGAAAAGAAGGAGACAACAAAGGAAGCAGACGUAGCAGAGGAGGAGAAGAAAGGCCAAGAGCAAGAAACUCAGGCGGAGGCCGACGUGCAGGAAGGGGACGGCCAGACCUCCAUUUUUCAGUCUCCUUUUCGUCUCGUGAGGAAGCCCAAGAUGAAGGUGGUGGUGUGUCAUGUCACCCUUCUGGAUGGGACUGACUUCAGCUGUGAGGUGGAGAAACGGGCCAACGGUCAGUACCUGUUCUUCAAAGUGUGUGAGCACCUCAAUCUGCUGGAGAAGGACUACUUUGGUCUGACAUACAAGGACACCCAUGAUGAAAAAUGUUGGCUCGAUCCAAUGAAGGAGAUUAAAAGACAAAUCCGCAGUAACAAUUGGCAGUUUUCUUUCAAUGUCAAGUUCUACCCUCCAGACCCCUCGCUACUCACUGAAGACAUUACAAGGUACCUCUUGUGUCUGCAGCUUCGCGACGACGUAGCAUUCGGACGUCUGCCUUGUUCAUUUGUCACUCAUGCUCUGCUGGGCUCAUACACGCUGCAGGCAGAGUUUGGGGACCAGGAACCUGACCAGCCACGCCCUCUGGAUUUCAUCAGUCAGCAGACUUUUGCACCCAAUCAGAGCAAAGAGAUGGAAGAGAAGAUUCUGGAACUCCACAAGUCACACAAGGGAAUGACACCAGCACAGGCUGACAUCCAGUUUUUGGAAAAUGCCAAGAAGCUGUCCAUGUAUGGAGUGGACCUGCACCGCGCUAAGGAUUCGGAGGGCGUGGACAUCAUGUUGGGUGUGUGCGCCAAUGGACUCUUGGUCUACAAAGACCGACUGCGCAUAAAUCGUUUUGCCUGGCCCAAAAUACUCAAGAUUUCGUACAAAAGGAACAACUUCUACAUCAAGAUCCGACCAGGCGAGACGGAGCAGUUCGAAAGUACGGUGGGAUUCAAACUCCAGAAUCAUCGCUCUGCCAAAAGAUUGUGGAAAGUCUGCGUGGAGAAUCACAGCUUCUUCAGGUUAAAUGCACCAGAACCUCCAACUAAGGCCCGCUUCCUGACUCUGGGUUCCAAGUUCCGCUACAGCGGGCGCACUCAGGCCCAGACCCGCAUGGCCAGCUCUCUCAUAGACCGACCUGCUCCCAAUUUUGAACGUACAUCAUCGAAACGCAUCAGCCGCAGUUUGGAUGGAGCACCAGUAAUCAGCAUCACUGAGGCUGGCAGGGAUACGACCGAGAACGGACAUGACCCCAACCUGGAGCUUCAGUCUGACUCAAAGAGCCAAAUGAGAGUGCAUGGGGACAAUAUUUAUGUGAGGCACAGUAAUUUAAUGUUGGAGGACCAUGAUAAGACCCAAGAAGAGGUUCUGAAACACCAAGCUAGCAUUAGCCAGCUCAAACGCUCCUUUAUGGAGGCGCCACCCCCCUCUCCUCCCCAGCCCAGCCAGUGGGAGAAACGUCUCACCUCCUCUCCUGCUUCAACGAUACGCAUUCAGCAGCAACAAGUGAGUCUGGAAGAGGAGAUAGCUUCUGUGCUUCUCAGCAGACACGCUGGCCUUUCAGCUUCUGAAGCUUCCUGCAGUAUCCCUGACCUGACACUAGAUGCUGCUGUAACCACAAGCUCUGCUGCUACUCCUGAGCCACUAGAGCUUCUUCUUUCCAUACCUCCCACACUCUCUUCCACUGAGGUCAGCGUGCCGCAAAUGGAAACUGCUUCAGCCGAUAACGCCAUCUCUGAUACCAAAGAGCCUGCAAAGACAACAGAAGUUGAAAUCGAGGAAACUGUUGUCAUCCAGGAGGUUUCCAAAGCAACCAAAGCUGGCAAUGUGACAGUUACGAGCAACUCUCCUGUUGGCCCGCCUGCGGAGCAGGAAAGCAGCGAGCAGAAAGUGAGAUCUGAUGAAGAAGUGGUUGUAGUGGAAGAAGAAAACCAGACAAGGCAGGAGAGCGUUUCAUCCGAGAGCGAGAGUGAGGAAGAGGCAGAGUACCACCCAAAUGUUACCACAUCUAUCUCUAACACACAAAUACCUGAGGAGAAGGAAGAGGAGGACAAGCUGGAGGAAGAGGUGGAAAAGGUGGAGCCGGAAGUUCUGGCUGCACCUGCACCUUCCCUUCCAGCUGAGAUCAGCCAGCCCGCAGAGGAAACCCCUCAAGAAGAGGAGGAGCCCAGGAAGGAAACGGAGGAGGGAAUGAAGGACGAAGUGGAGGAAAAACAAGACGAUCCAGAAACGGAGGAAAGCACAGAUGAUCCAAUGUUGACACCUGAUGAAACUCCAAAGAGUUUUGUCCCACCUGAAGUAGAGGAGGAGGAGCAGGAGGAACCUAAAGUGAACGGCGAGGCCUCGGCGGUUGACGCAGAACCCCGGCCGCAUGGUAUUUGUUGCUCUGAGCUGCCCGUGGUAAAGACAGAAAUGGUGACUAUCUCUGACACGUUUGCAGCCCAGAAAACUGAGAUAGCCACAAAAGAAGUGCCCAUUGUACACACAGAAACCAAGACCAUCACAUACGAGGCUGCACAGUUGGAUGGAAACGGUGAGGGAGAACCUGGAGUGUUGAUGACUGCUCAGACCAUCACCUCUGAGUCUUUGUGUACGACCACAACUACACACAUCACCAAGACAUUAAAGGGCGGUCUUUCCGAGACGAGGAUUGAGAAACGCAUCGUCAUCACCGGAGACUGUGACAUCGAUCACGACCAGGCAUUGGCACAGGCCAUUAAGGAGGCCAAAGAGCAACAUCCUGACAUGUCUGUUACCAGAGUGGUGGUUCAUAAAGAAACUGAACUGGCUGAGGAAGAGGAUUGACUGAUCUCAGAGUUGAAAGGCCCAUCGUGACGGUUUCAUCUUUCCACACUACACAAUCUUUGUCACUCUACAACAACCCAACAUGACUGACAGCAGGGGAGAGGAGGAAGAGCGGCCCUGGAGGGGGCGGUUUAGUGGGACUGAGGUUGUCACUUUUUCAUCCCAGAUGGCCUUUCUCACAAGUCUGUGGUGCAUUUUAGUCCCUUACUGCAAAAUCAAAAAAAAGAUACAAACUUUUGUUGGUGUCUGAGGGAAAAUAACAACCACUCUACAUUUGUUUACUUUUUGUUUUGUUUUUUUUGAAAGAAAAAGAGGGAAAAUGACUGGGACAUAUAGAGUUAAUGCCAUUUUUUUUUGCAGUUAUUUCAAGAUAACCUAAUACAUUUCAGCUCCCUUGUCAUUUUUUUAGUCAGUUCAUUGUGAUUUCUUCAUUUUUCACAAAACCAUCACUCACUUAUCCGAAGAAAUCCUCAAUAUUGUAAUAAAUAGUCAAAAAAUAACUUUUUAAUAUCUAUACAGACAAGAUGUUUAAUUUAAAAAUUGCAGUAAAAAAGUAUCUGUUUGAUUUAAUUUUUGUUUUUUAUGUUUCUAAUUUUUUUUCUAUAUUUGUCGUUCAUCUACAUUCCUUGUUUGUGACCCGCUGACCAGCUAUUAUCUGUGCUCACCUUUGACACAAAUCUACACGAGGGGACUUUGUACAUUCACAGUAGAUGAGAAUGAAUAAGGAUUUUAUUAGGGCAUUUUUAAGAGACUGACAUGAAUUUGAACUGAAAAUGAGCAGACUUUAGCGCCGGUGUUUACUACUCUGAAAGCAGCAUUUCCCUUGAUAAACAUCCUGCUUCUACGGCCCCUCCACUAUGUUACUGUAAACAUCCUCAGAGAUUGGGAACAGCAAACAUGCAACUGGGAGAAAAGCCCUUUAAACUGGAACAUAAUUGGGAGAGCAACCUUUGAAAUUGAAAAAACAGAAAAAAGGAAUAUGAAGCCACGUCAACCUCAACGGAAAUGAGGUUUAACCACUGCUUCUUUUAAAGGAAAUAUUAAAAACUACCAGAGUUACCAAAAUAAAAGCAGUUCUUAUGUAAUUUGUCACUAACUGCAGCUUGUUUGUUGUGAUAGUUCAGCACUGACCGCAGCCCGGUUUCUUUCUCAUCCCUGAUAUCCCACCAUCAACGCUUCUUAGAGGCAGUUAUAAUCAAUUUAGAAUAAAUCACAUGACAGAAAAACACGAGCACGCAUAGAUAGGAAGCUGCCACGCUGACUGGUUUAAGAGUGUAUAGACGAGAUAAUUCCAACUUGUGUAGUAGUAAGUCAUCUGAAUUGACCUUGGCUGUGUUGUGACUGUUUUACUGCAACCAAAUAUUCUGCUGCAUUGGUUCUGUAUGUAACGUUCAGGUGCUCGUCUCAUUACUGUAUCUGUCACUACGUCACACAUGACUCUGAAAUGCAGCCUAUAGGGAAACAUCCUACAGGAUUUCCCCUUAAAGCUUAAAAUGGGUUGUUUUGGGGGGUUUCUUUUUUCAUUUUUUGGUGUUCUUUAAAAAAAACUUAAAACAGUAGCGAAGCAAAUGGUAACGGUUUUAAUAGCAGAAGAAUAUUUCUUACUUCACUUUUCUGGAUUAACUUACUGCCUCUUCUGCUCGAUCCUUUUCAGAUAUUCUCAAAAAGUCAAAAACGUGUAUUUUUAUAGGUGAGAGGAUACAUCAUUUUAAAAUUGGGAUGAUUUAUAACCUGAUUGUUCUCAUUUUUAUUAAAUGUAGUGAAAGUCAACGAGCUUCUCAUUUUACACAAAACUUCUAUGCAGCUAAAUGACAUUCAAUGAGGAGGAAGCUUUAAAUUUAAACAAAAAAGGAUUCUCAACACUAGGCAGCUUCAAACAAAAUUGUAUUAAAUAAUACAGCAGCCACAUUCAUAGAUUCCUUUUUUCUUUUCUUUUGUGAAGCCAAGUUAGUUGUUGGAAGGUAAAUUCUGUUUUGCCUCAUGCUUAUUUGUAAUGUUGUUACCGGUACUGUGAUUUUGAAAAUGAAGAAAAACUUCUGCAAAUCAGCAUUUCUGCCACGUUUUCCAGUGUCUGUGACACAGCGUUCAGGCUUCUCUGCACUGUUAGGCAGUCGUUGGAACUCUGCAGCAGCUUGGUGGAGUUUUUCUGAAACUUUUCAUUAGAUCAUCCCAAGAAAAAUCAGACAGACGUUUUUUUUAAGUAACCUUUAUUUAAAAAAAAAUCAAAUCAGCAUAUUUAGAUGGAAAACCAUGACGGAUGAUUCAAUGCCAGUUUAUCUGAGGACUAUCAGGGAGCUCAAUAUCGUCAGUGGUUUGACUCCAGCUUUAGCAGAGUUUUGUUCAAAUUGGAACUGGAAAAAACAAACUUCUAAGACUUGCUGGCUUAUUUCAUACUUUAAAGAGAAAGCAACACAAUUUUGUACUUUAUAUAACAAUAAAAAGAACUCAAAAAUGCAGUUUAUAAAGACUGAAAGUUCAUAACAAGUAACAGGUUUGGGGAAAACCCGCCAGCUGCCGCGUUGCUCUUAGUUUGCCAACUCUUGAAUUCUGCUCGGAUUUUUGUUUUAGCAGCUUCAUUGUCUUGUUCCUCCACAUGCAGCCACUCCUGCUCCCUGUGUAACACUGUUGAAAUAAAGGAUUGUUAUCCAAAGAUCA